ACCAACUAUGGUACCGUCAAGAUCGGGGAUUUAGGACUCGCCAGAAAGUUCAAUAACCCGCUUCAGAGCUUGUACACGGGUGAUAAAGUGGUGGUGACGAUCUGGUACCGAGCACCUGAACUUUUGAUGGGGGCUCGCUAUUAUACACCUGCAAUUGACUUGUGGGCAGUGGGAUGUAUUCUUGCAGAAUUGCUUAGUCUUCGGCCCAUCUUUAAGGGAGAGGAAGCUAAGUUUGACAUCAACAAUAAGAAGCUGGUGCCUUUCCAAAAAAACCAGUUUCUCAAGAUCAUAGAGAUAUUGGGAGUUCCCAACGAAAAGGACUGGAGCAAUUUGAGUAAUUACCCCGAAUAUUACAGUUUCAAGCAGAUGGCAGAAAGCUACACCGGAAACACCAACUCUAACCUACUCAAUUGGUACAAGCUUGUGGGAGGCAACAACAAACUCUGUUAUAAGUUGCUUGAAAGCCUUUUGUUGUAUGAUCCAAGUAAGCGGAUUACUGCUGAAAACGCAUUGAUGCACGAGUUCUUUAUGGAAGCUCCAAAGGUAGACGAGAAUGCCUUUGACGGACUACAGUUCAAGUACCCUAAACGGAGGAUAUUCACUGAAGACAAUGAUAUUGUGUCGAACAAUAUCACCAAGAGAGUUACUAAUGACGAUGGCAUGAGAAAGAAAAUCCGCCAGUAAAUAUAUAUAUACGCGCUUCUCGAAUUUGCAAAUCUCACAAAAACCAUGAAUGUUAUAUACAAUGGGCCAUAUUCUAAUGUGUAUCGCGAGGACAAAUACGCUGUCAAGAAAGUAGAUCGGGACUUUAGUCUACCACCACACAACAUCGAUAGGGAGCUCCAGCUUGUGAAAUCACUAGACCAUCCCAAUGUGAUCAAGUUUCUCAAGGUGGAAAACAAGCUUGACGAUGUGAUGAUGUACAUGGAGUUCUAUCCACAAAACCUUCAGGAGUACUUGAAGGCCAAUUGCAGAAAAAAGAGCCGGUUUGUGGUCGGCCAAGUGCUGUUUGUGACCGAAAGCCGGCUUUCGCUUGACUCAAUUGCACAUGUGCUUGACCAGGUCAUCGAGGCUAUCUGGUUUGUGCACAAAAAUGGCAUAAUUCACCGGGAUAUCAAGCCCAGCAAUUUCUUGGUGACUCAAGAGCCCGAGUUAAGAGUGGUUCUUUGCGACUUCAGUAUUCUGGUUGCCGUUGGCGAAAAUGAUCAGAUUCUGGAUGUGUGUUCAACCUACUACAAGCCAUUGGAGGUGAUAUUUGGACUUGAGUACGGGCUUGAAAUCGACGUCUGGGGAUUGGGGAUCAUGAUUCUGCAUUUGUAUUCUAGAAGUUGCACAAAUACGUUAUUUGAAGAGGAAGACAUCAAUGAUGGUUACAGAGCCAUCAGCGACUUUAAGAUCAUAGAUCGCAUAUUCAAGCGAUUCGGCACCCCCACCAAAGACGACGAAAAUAGCAUUAACUACUGGCCUGAAAUUUUCGAGGUUGAGAAUUUCCAAUUGAUACAGUUGAACUCCCGCCCCAGGCAGCUUGAUAUCUUCCCUCGGGGUACGGACGAGAAGAUGGUGACGCUUUUCAACCGGAUUUGUGACAUGAACCAGAAGCGCAGGAUUGCGAUGAGCGAGGUGCGAGAUCGGUGGACGCAGAUAAGAGAAGGUAGCAGUUAAGCAUGAAAUGACCGUUGCCACACACCAUGGUAAUUGGCUGGUAUAGGAGCAACCCUACGCAGGUGCCCCAAAAGCGCAAAUUAAAAAUAAAAACUUAAUCCAUGCGGCUGCCAAACGCCAAAGUAUUGAUUUGAGGCAGUAACUAGCAGGAAGUGAAUAGUCACUAUAUAAUUCCCAAAUGUGACAUACAUAUAACAAGCUGCCAAGUAGCUUCUAGUUCAUUGAAUAUACACGGUGGUAUCACUUAGCAGAGACAUUAGGAUGUAAGGGCACUUGAGGUAUGCCUCGGGGUAAAACUUUAACGAGGCUAUAGGAGGCUACAAGAAUUUGUGACAAGUUUAGCGCUAAAAGCACUCUGUCGCCGGUGGAGCACCAUCUGUAGCCGGAUCGUAGAUAGCCGGCAACGACAAUUUCAAGUGCCAACGCGCAUCAUCCUUCUCCACAUUUCGCACACAAUUGGGGAAGAGCUCAAGGCCAGAAAAAGUCGAGAUGACAGGAAUAUUUUUUUAGGAAACCCUUAUAAGACAAGUCGUACAGU